CGGUGGCGGUGGCGGUGGUGGCAUGGGGGACACGCUGGAGGAGCCGUGGUGGGACACCGAGCCCGGCCCGGGCGGCACUCCAGAUCCUUCAGAUGAUGAAGCUAUUGUAAAACCAAGUGAUAAAGGGACAGCAACACGUCAAGAUUCAGAUUCCAAACCUGCUGUGCAAAAGAAAAGAAAGCAGCCUACAGAGUGUUUUCUGAGUCAGUCUGAAGAAAAGCAGGAGAGCACUGUUAAGGCAAAGAGGAGGAAGAAGAAGAAAAUUUCUGAUGUUCUGCAAAAAUCUGCUCCAAAGCCUGCUGUCCCUGCAGAUCUACAAAAUCUGCUUACUCAGCAUUUUGGUGAAAACCGUUCCKUGAUUGAACUAGAGGAAUUAAAGCUGUCAGAUGCCUGUUUUUUGCCAGCCAAUGAUCUGACCCACAGUUUUUCUUCAUACCUGAAGGAAAUCUGUCCAAAGUGGGCAAAGCUCCGGAGGAACCACAAGGAGAAGAAGUCGUUGGUGAUGCUGGUCCUGUGCAGUUCUGCCCUUCGCUCCUUGGAGCUCAUCAAGUCAAUGACAGCCUUUAAAGGAGAUUGCAGAGUCCUCAAGUUGUUUGCAAAGCACAUAAAGAUAAAGGAACAGAUGAAUAUGUUGGAGAAAGGUGUGUUCCACAUUGGUGUUGGGACUCCUGGGAGAGUAAAAGCCCUAGUAGAGCAAGAUGCCCUGUGCUUGACCUCCACMAAAUAUAUGAUUCUGGAUUGGAAUUGGAGAGAUCAGAAACUAAGGAGAAUGAUGGACAUCCCUGAGAUAAAGAAAGAAAUGAUUGACCUGCUGGAGAAGAGUAUUAUAAAGCUGUGCAGAGAUGGAUCUGUGAAGCUGGGACUCUUUUAAUGAGUUUACCAACAAAGAAGUAAUUUGAAACKGCAUUUUACUAUUAUCCUGUCUGCAACUGAAUUCUGACUUUUCAGAGGUCUCUCAGUACAGAAUGCACAUUGCAACUUUAUUUGAAUUUUCUUUUAAUAAAAAAMCAGAAAUUUUUCGUA